AUGUCUGAAAAUAAAGUCGAUGAGACUAAUUCGUCCGAGGCCGACGGACCAUCUGACAAGCAAUCGCUAGCUUCUCGGUUCACAAAUGCGAAUCUUCGACUGGCAAUUGUCCCAUUCCUCGAUAACUAUGUCAAAAGUUGUGCCUGGUCGUCUGACCCACCAUCAACCAUUAUUCCUGGCUUCCUUUACUUGGGCGAUGCUAGCAGUUCUGCGUGGCUUCCACAUCUAAUAGAUCUUUCAAUUACACAUGUAAUUAAUCUUGCUGGGUCUUCCAACUUCUGGGAAUCAAGUGAGACCAUUAAGCAGGAAUUCCAAAGACUCAGCAUGAAUAAACAGACUGACGAUAAAUUAAAGGUUGAAGCGUCUGAAACCCAUUUAAAUUCUCGUAUAGAUGGUACGUUUACCGACGAACAUACGCGGCCGCUUGUUGAUUCCAGAUCGCCGAGCUUUCUGCCGCCCAAGUAUCUUAAAAUCAGAAUAGCAGACAUGCCAUCUGCUCGUAUAUCUGAACAUUUUGAUGGCUGCAUUAAAUUCAUUGAAUCAGCGAAAGAGAAUGGUGGGCGCGUGCUUGUGCAUUGUCAAGCGGGUGUGAGUAGGUCAACUUCUAUUGUUAUUGCAUUCUUGAUGCAUUCACAAAGGAUCUCUUAUGAGCAAGCGUUUUGCAUUGUCAAACAAAAGAGACAAGUUGUAAAGCCUAACGCAGGUUUCGUAAGACAAUUGCGAGAAUUUGAGGUGAGCCUUUGUAUUGAGAAGGAGAAUAUGGAUCAUACAUCAACGAUGGAACAAUGCAUUUUGGAUGUGUAA